CACGUUCCUAUAGUAGCAGCCAACAAUGUUUCACGAUCCUACUCAUCAUCAGUUAAUCCAAUUACUGACUGGCUUCUUUUCCUUUCCUCAAUUUUCCUGAAGAGGAUAGACCGGCGUUUAGAAAGCAAAACAAGCAGCAAUGGCUAAGGUUAAGGUCUAUGGCCCGGCAUUUUCGACUGCUGUGUCGAGAGUUCUGGCUUGCCUUAUAGAGAAAGAGGUGGAGUUUCAGCUCAUACCCAUCAAUCUCUCCAAAGCUCAGCACAAGUCCUCUGGCUUCCUCAAACUUCAGCCAUUUGGCCAAGUUCCUGUGUUUCAGGAUGAGUCCAUCACUCUCUUUGAAUCCAGGGCAAUAUGCCGAUACAUCUGUGACAAAUAUGCAACCAAAGGCAAGAUGGGCUUGAUGGGCAAUACAGAGGGUGGACUAAUUCAUCGAGCUUCCAUAGAUCAGUGGCUAGAAACCGAGUCUCAGAGCUUCAACCCUCCGACUUCAACUUUAGUCGCGCAACUAGUUUUCUAUCCUCAAAUGAAGUUGAAACAAGAUGCAGCAGCAAUCAGAGACGCUGAGAGAAAACUGAAGAAAGUACUAGAUGUUUAUGAUCACAGGCUAAGUGAGAGCAGGUUUUUGGCUGGAGAGGAGUUUUCAUUAGCUGAUCUCUCUCAUUUGCCUAAUGCUCAGUAUCUUCUUAACUCCACUGAUCGUAGUCAUCUCUUUACAUCGAAGAAAAAUGUUGGAAGAUGGUGGGAGGAGAUCUCAGGGCGUGCAUCGUGGAAGAAAGUCCUUGAGAUGCAUUAGGUCUUAGACUGCAACUUGAUCUUUGUUGGUAAAGUUUGUAGCUAUGGAUUUUGUAAGAUUUUCUUGAAGCAGAAAAUAUUGUCACUACUGGAAAACUUGGUAUUACCCAAGGAGCUUUACCCA